AUGAAGAUGGUAGACCAAGAAAAAGGCUCCAAGAUGGAGCAGGUUCCGGUUGCCCCUGAGCCGGCUUACUUAGAAGAUACUGGGAGCCAAGUACUCGGGACUUCUGAAACCCAGUAUGAGUUGGGUUUCUGGACACGCAUGGGGUGCACUCCCGAGUCAUUCAAAAGAAGAACACUCGCGGACAAACAUAACCACUUAAACCAGACGCUGACGAGCCGGCAUCUGCGGAUGAUUGCAAUUGGUGGCGGUAUCGGGGCUGGUUUGUUCGUGGGCUCAGGCAGUUCAUUAAGCAAUGGUGGGCCUGCAACUGUACUAAUUGGCUUUGCAAUUGUUGGCGUGAUGAUCUUUAACGUCGUCUAUGCUCUUGGUGAACUUGCUGUCACGUUUCCGGUCUCUGGUGGUUUCUAUACCUAUUCAACCCGUUUUAUUGACCCUUCCUGGGGUUUCGCCAUGGGAUGGAACUAUGUUUUCCAAUGGGCUAUAGUCUUGCCGAUUGAACUCACAGUUGCGGCCAUAGUAAUCGGGUAUUGGGACAUGGACACAAACAUCGGUGUUUGGAUCACAGUUUUCCUGGUGGCCAUCGUUGCCAUCAAUAUCUUCGGUGUCCUUGGCUACGGCGAGGAGGAAUUCUGGAGCAGCAGCCUAAAGCUUGCGGCCGUUGUCAUUUUCAUGAUUAUCGCGCUUGUGUGUGUCCUUGGUGGUGGGCCCAAAGAUGGUAUGUAUUCCGAGUAUUGGGGUGCCAGGUUCUGGUACCACCCUGGCGCAUUCCGGAACGGAUUUAAGGGCUUCUGCUCCGUCUUCGUCACUGCAGCGUUUGCCUUUUCUGGGACGGAAUUGGUCGGUCUCGCUGCCGCCGAAUCCAAAACCCCUGUCCAAUCCCUGCCCUCCGCGGUGAAACAAAUCUUCUGGCGCAUCAGUUUGUUCUAUAUCCUUGCUCUCUCUUUUGUCGGCCUCCUUGUGCCCUACGAUGAUACGCGGUUGCUCGGGAGUGGUUAUAUCAAUGUCAAAGCUUCUCCGUUCGUCAUCGUCGCCAAGAACGCCGGCCUCAUAGGAUUUGACCAUUUUAUGAAUGUCGUCAUCUUGGUUUCCGUUCUCUCCAUCGGAAAUUCAAGUGUAUAUGGUGGCUCCCGGACGUUAACUGCCCUGGCGGAGCAGGGAUAUGCGCCCAGAAUGUUUUCGUAUGUUGACCGCGCUGGGAGGCCGUUGGUGUCAACAGCUACAAUCAUUCUCUUGGGCAGCUUAGCGUAUAUCAAUUUAUCUGCCUCAGGAGAGGAUAUCUUUGAUUGGCUACUUGCGCUCUCUGGCCUUUCCGCACUCUUCACCUGGGGAAGCAUUUGCUUCGCCCAUAUCCGCUUCCGCGCUGCGUGGGCUUAUCGUGGUCACACCGUAGCCGAGCUUCCCUUCGCUGCCGCCUUUGGAGUUUAUGGGUCAUGGCUGGGUCUAAUUCUUGUUGUAAUUAUUCUUGCUGCACAGUUGUAUGUCGCCGUUUCUGAUAUGGAUGCCGAGACCUUUUUCAAGUCUUACCUUGCUGCACCUAUUGUCAUGUUUUUCUGGGUCUGUGGUUACUUAUGGAAGGGUCAGGGUUGGCUCAAACUUAGCCAGAUUGAUGUUGAUUCCGGCCGCCGAGAGAUUGACUGGGAAGCGCACAACCGUAAGCUGGAGCAGAGGCGCAACUCCCCUCUUUGGAAACGUGUUUGCUGGAAACUUUUCUAAAACUAGUUCAAGCUAUCGGUCAUAUGUGUGCAUGGCGAGGUCUCUGUUCUCAUUUUCUGAAUCCCAUAAGGUAGCCAAUGAGAAUUUCUUAGCAUUGCUUGUUAUAUCCACCAUGGAUGUGGGUAUUCGAUUCCCCUUUCAGUUGAAUAGCAUCUAAAGAGUCAACUUCUGUGGCGAAAUUAAUAGCCCUCAGGGGAGGCUGCUAUCCAGACUUCUACAGUACGUGUACAGCACAUGUGCAUACGUUCAAAUAUUGUGGCAGAUUAUCUUC